AUAUCAAACUACUUACUAUGGUUAUCCAAGAAUUUGCCAAUAUAAAAACCGGUAACUUCUCAAACAGUUUUUUUUAGCUUCAAGUUUUCCGAGUAUGGUAUGUAAUAUACUACUUUUUCUAUUCAAAGAUUCCUUCUUCUUUUUUCACUAUAAAUACCUUUCUCUCUCUGUGUUCAAAUCCAAGCCAAAAACCUAUUUUCAGAUCACUAGUAAACACCCAUUUACCUUCCAUUUCUAUUGAAUCACUUUUUAUUUUCUGGGCCAUUCAAAUCUUUUCCAUUCCCUUCUUCACCUCUCAAAGAAAACAAUGUCUAAUAUUGUUAUUAUUUUCGACUUUGACAAAACCAUCAUUGAUUGUGAUAGUGAUAAUUGGGUUGUGGAUGAAUUGGGUUUCACCGAUUUGUUCAAUCAGAUUCUUCCCACAAUGCCUUGGAAUUCCCUUAUGGAUAGGAUGAUGAUAGAGCUUCAUUCACAUGGUAUAACCAUUGAAGAUAUUGAAAAUGUUCUUCAUCGAAUUCCAAUUCAUCACAGAAUCAUAACUGCAAUUAAAUCAGCACAUGCUUUAGGGUGUGAUUUGAGGAUUGUUAGCGAUGCCAAUGUGUUCUUCGUUGAAACCAUUUUGAAGCAUUUGGGAAUAAGUGAAUGCUUCACAGAGAUUAACACUAAUCCAGGUUAUGUUAAUCAACAACGAAGAUUAACAAUUAUGCCUUAUCAUGAUUUCAAUAAGGCUUCACAUGGUUGUACUAAUCCCUGUCCUCCAAACAUGUGCAAGGGUUUAAUCAUUGAUAGAAUCCAAGAUACAGUUAGUGAAUUGGAUAACAAGAGGUUCAUCUACCUUGGUGAUGGUGCUGGUGAUUACUGUCCUAGCUUGAGAUUCAGAGAAAGAGACUUUGUGAUGCCAAGGAAGAAUUAUCCAGUUUGGGAUUUGAUAUGCAAAGAUCCUUCACUUGUUAAGGCUCAAAUUCAUGCUUGGAAUGAUGGAGAAGAGCUUGAACAAGUUUUGAUGAAGUUGAUCAACAAGAUUAUGAUUGAAGGAAAUGCUAAAUUCAUUUCUAGUGAUUGCAAGCUACAGACUCUGUCAACUCCUGUUUUUGAAACCUUGCCUAAACCUCUCUCAAUUAGACCAUAGAUUUUUAGUUUACAGUCUUGCAAAUAUGUAUCAUAAAGUAAUGAUAGGUUUUGGUGCUUUGUUUAACUUGAAUUAAUCUUUUCUAAUAUUGUUAAUUCUGUUAAAGAUGGUUAUGUAAUCUAGCAUAUGCAAAGAUCAAUUUGCCUUUGAUGGUGAUGAGAUGAUUAAUUAUUCUAGCA